GCCGAGCGGACGCGCGACUGUCGUUGAGCGGACCCGAAAGAGAAAUAGUAAAAAAAAAAUCAGAAGUAUCGCCUCGAGAAAAUUUAGAACACAGAAAUUUAUCAAACGCGCUAUCGCUACCCCCCACUUGGAUUACGGUCAACGCGAAACUAAAACAGAUAUUGAGAAAACCGACGAGAAAUCGAAAAAAUUUAAACAUAAAAGCACGAAAGAAAUUAAUAGCGCCAGCGGGAAAAACAAGAAAAUCGUAUUAGAUAAAAAAAGGCAUUAAGCAUUACAAAAUCUGAUAUGUGGUGAUGUGUGAAAAGUGAUUUUAAUUUAAUUUGAAACCAAAAAUCUAAAAUAAAAACGCAAAACACAAAAAUGGGCGAGAAAUAGAGACGGGAGAAAGGGAAGUGUGAGUGUGUGAGAGAGAUCGUCGAAUCGAGAGAAGAAGCCCCCGCCCGAAAUCCCCGCAAGAAGCUAAUUUCAAGUCCGCAUCACCAAGAUGCUGGCCACCAGUCACAUGCUCUACGUCCUCAUAGCCACCUGGGUGAUGCCCAUCUUCGGGGCGGCCCUGAGUAAGACGGUGUUGUACCAGGCUCCCGAUGAGUGCCGCUGGUCCGGCGGCGGGGAGCACGACAUCACCCUGGUGUGCCACUUGAGAACCAUCAAUUCGGAGCUGGAGAAUACCAACUUCAGUGUUAUACAGCCGCACAAUACGGUGCGCCUGCGUUUGGAGUGCAACGAUGCCCUGUUCUUCCAGAGCAGCCUCAGUCCGGACAGCUUCCGGUCGCUGGUGGAGCUGCGGGAUCUAACCAUCGAGUACUGCAAGCUGGGCAAUCUCACAGACGGCUCCUUCCGGGGCCUGCACGAGCUGAGGAAUCUCACCAUUCGCACACACAACGGCGACUGGUCGACGAUGUCGCUGGAGAUGGCCUCCAACAGCUUCGUGGAGUUCCGGCAGCUGGAGCGGCUGGAUCUCAGCCUGAACAACAUCUGGCUGAUACCGGACGGCAUGGUUUGCCCACUCAAGUCGCUGCAGCAUCUCAAUGCAUCCUACAACAAGAUCCAGGACAUCAGCAACUUCUACUUCAGCGCCUCGCUGAGCUCCAGGAAGGCCCGCGUCUGCGGCUCCACUUUGCAGAGUCUGGAUCUCAGUGCAAAUAAGAUGGUCAGCCUGCCCACGGCCAUGUUGUCGGCCCUGGGACGCUUGACCCAUUUGAAUAUGGCCAAGAACAGCAUGAGCUUCCUGGCGGAUCGCGCCUUUGAGGGUCUGCUAUCCCUGAAAGUGGUGGAUCUGUCGGCGAAUCGCCUGUCCUCGCUGCCGCCGGAACUCUUCGCAGAGACCAAGCAGCUGCAGGAGAUCUAUCUGAGGAAUAACUCCAUCAAUGUCUUGGCUCCGGGCAUCUUCAGUGAUCUGGCCGAGCUCCUGAUUCUUGACUUGGCCAGCAAUGAACUCAACUCCCAGUGGGUCAAUGCAGCCACAUUUGUGGGUCUCAAGCGGCUCAUGAUGCUCGACCUUUCGGCCAACAAGAUCAGUCGCCUGGAGGCGCACAUUUUUAGGCCCCUGACAAGUCUGCAGAUCCUGAAAUUGGAGGGCAACUAUAUUGACCAGCUGCCGACGGGGAUCUUUGGUGAUCUUACCAAUCUGCACACCCUGAUCCUCUCCCGCAAUCGCAUUUCAACUAUCGAGCAGAACACACUGCAGGGUCUAAACAAUCUAAUGGUGCUCUCCCUGGACUUUAACAGGAUAUCCAGGCUGGACCACAAGUCCCUCAUGAACUGCAGUCGGCUGCAGGAUCUGCAUUUGAAUGACAACAAACUGAAGACAGUGCCCGAGGCUCUGGCCCAUGUGCCCCUGCUCAAGACAUUGGAUGUGGGCGAGAACAUGAUCAGCCAGAUUGAGGAUACGAGCAUCACCCAGCUGGAGAAUCUGUAUGGUCUGCGGAUGACGGAGAACUCCCUGACACAGAUCCGGCGAGGAGUCUUCGAUCGAAUGAGCUCCCUGCAGAUCCUCAACCUCUCUGGAAAUAAGCUAAAGUCCAUCGAGGCGGGCUCUCUCCAGAGGAACACCCAGCUGCAGGCCAUCCGUUUGGAUGGCAAUCAACUCAAGUCCAUUGCGGGACUGUUCACCGAGCUGCCCAAUCUAGUGUGGCUAAACAUCUCUGGAAAUCGCCUGGAAAAGUUCGACUAUUCGCACAUACCCAUCGGCCUGCAGUGGCUGGAUGUGAGGGCCAAUAGGAUUGCCCAGUUGGGCAACUACUUUGAGAUCGAGAGCGAGCUCAGCCUGAGUACCUUCGAUGCCAGCUACAAUAUGCUGACGGAGAUCACAGCCAGUUCUAUACCAAACAGCGUGGAGGUGCUUUACCUGAACGACAACCAGAUAUCCAAGAUCCAGCCAUACACCUUCUUCAAGAAACCCAACUUGACCAGAGUAGAUCUGGUGAGGAAUAGCCUGACCACCUUGGAGCCCAAUGCCCUGCGACUGUCGCCCAUAGCCGAGGAUCGGGAGAUCCCCGAGUUCUACAUUGGCCACAACGCCUACGAGUGCGACUGCAAUCUGGAUUGGUUGCAAAAGGUUAACCGGGAGUCGCGCACUCAGCCCCAGCUGAUGGAUCUGGACCAGAUCCAUUGCCGCCUGGCCUAUGCCCGUGGUUCCUCGCACGUCUCCCUGAUCGAGGCGCGUUCGGAUGACUUCCUCUGCAAAUACGCCUCGCAUUGCUUUGCUUUGUGUCAUUGCUGCGACUUCCAGGCCUGCGACUGCAAAAUGGAGUGCCCGGAUAGGUGCUCUUGCUACCAUGAUCAGUCCUGGACCUCAAACGUUGUGGACUGCAGCCGGGCCACCUACGAGCAGGCCCUGCCCUCCCACAUACCCAUGGAUGCCACCCAGCUGUAUCUCGACGGAAACAACUUCCGGGAGCUGCAGAGUCACGCCUUCAUCGGUCGCAAGCGGCUAAAGGUUCUGCAUCUGAAUCACUCCCGUAUCGAGGUGCUCCACAAUCGCACCUUCUACGGCCUGCUGGAGCUGGAGGUUCUCCAGCUGCAGAGCAACCAGCUGAAGGCUCUCAAUGGCAACGAAUUCCAGGGCCUGGACAAUCUCCAGGAACUGUAUCUGCAGCACAAUGCCAUCGCCACCAUUGACACGCUGACCUUCACGCACCUGUAUCACCUGAAGAUCUUGCGACUGGACCAUAAUGCCAUCACCUCAUUUGCUGUAUGGAACUUCCUGCCCAGUUACCUCAACGAACUCCGGCUGGCGGGUAAUCCUUGGAGCUGCCACUGCGAGUUUAUCGACAAGCUGAGGGACUACAUGAACCGCCACGAGUAUGUGCAGGACAAGCUGAAGAUGAAGUGCGAUUCGAUUAGUGGCAACAACACCCAGCAAAUGGUGGUGUAUCCACAGUCCGCCGAGGCCACCUCCCUGCCCGUGGUGCAGUGCAGCCAAACGCUGCCCUUGGGUUUGGAUAACAACUACGACUUUGCGGAGCAGGCUGGCGGCGAGAAUGCCUCGAAUGCCACCUCCACGAAGAUGAUCUUGAAUCAGCCGCCGAAGCAGGACUACAUUCCCAUCCUGGUGGCCAUCCUUACGGCCUUUAUAUUCGUCAUGAUCUGCACCCUGCUGGUGUUUAUUUUCCGCCAGGAGAUGCGCGUUUGGUGUCACUCGCGCUUCGGCGUAAGGCUCUUCUACAAUGCCCAGAAGGAUGUGGACAAGAACGAGCGGGAGAAGCUCUUCGAUGCCUUUGUCUCGUACUCCUCGAAGGAUGAGCUGUUUGUCAACGAGGAGCUGGCUCCGAUGCUGGAGAUGGGUGCCCAGCGGUACAAGCUCUGCCUGCACCAGCGCGACUUCCCCGUGGGCGGCUACCUGCCGGAGACCAUUGUCCAGGCCAUCGACAGCAGCCGUCGCACCAUCAUGGUGGUCAGCGAGAACUUCAUCAAGUCGGAGUGGUGUCGCUUCGAGUUCAAGUCCGCUCACCAGUCGGUUUUGCGCGAUCGACGCCGCCGAUUGAUAGUCAUUGUCCUGGGCGAGGUGCCGCAGAAGGAGCUGGACCCGGAUCUACGCCUGUAUCUGAAGACCAACACGUAUUUGCAGUGGGGCGACAAGCUCUUCUGGCAGAAACUGCGAUUUGCCCUGCCGGAUGUGUCGUCGUCGCAGCGCUCCCCCAACGGCGCCGGAGGCCAAAGUUGCCAUGUGCCGAUCAACCAUGCGGCUUACCACCAUCACCAUCAUGUCCACCAGCAGGCGAUGCCACUUCCCCACCAGGUGCACCACCACCAGCAGCAGUUUAUGUUGCCACCGCCGCCCCAGCAGCCGGGCAGCUUCCGCCGGCAGCCAUCGUUGCAUCAACAACAGCAGCAGCAGCAGCAGCAACAGCAGCAACUUCGCGGAAAUAACAACACCACGCAACAGCAGCAGCAGCAGGCGGCCUUGCUGAUGGGUGGCGGUUCGGUGGGUGGCAGUGGAGGGCAUCCCCAGAUGAUACCCCUGGCGGGUGGCAUCCAGCAGCAGAGCCUGCCCCUGCCGCCAACACAGCCAACGCCGGCGUCUAGAAAUCUGCACAUGUGAGUGGGGUUUUAGAGUUAAGUAGAGGUAAAAAAAAAAUGGUUAAAGACAAGGUCAGGAGAGCUGGAGAUGGUUUUCUAAACUAUAUUUUUGAGGUGAAUAAUUUAAAUUUAUUUUUACGAUGACCUUAACAUUUUUUGUCCAUAAAAACAUAGAGAAAGAGCACAACCCUGACCGCCGUAAGAUCUUGUUGAGUUAUGAAAGGUGAUCUAGAAUAUCUGCAGACCAUUUGCUUAGCCUCAAAAAACGAAGAAAACAAGUUUAACUUCCUCGGGUUUCAACAAAAAAAAAAUUACAAAAAAAAAAGGGGAAUUGCAUUCAAUAUGCAAAUGCGAGCGUUUAGCGAUAAAAGCCUAGUUACAUGUUAAAAUAGCAAAAGUAAAAGAAAAAUCGAGUGGGGAAAGAACCCAGAACCAGCAGCAACAACAACAGCAACAAAAGACAACAGUAAAAUAGCUGGCGAGCCAGGCAAUUGUUGUUUGUUGUUGGCCCUGUUCUGUUUUCUUACGGCCAGCUAUUUUCAGUUUCCUGGCUCGCAGCUAGAUUCAGAAAAUUGAUGUUGCAUGCAACACACCGAGCAGCAACUACAGAGAAAGAAAUUUAAGAUAUUUCAGGUUAUAAAUUAAAUAUUUUUUAGCUCAAAAGGGUCAGCUUUAUUUAGAAAAUUCCUAAUUAAUAUUUUGAUAUAUUUAUUUCUGGCCAAGAUAGAUUCAUAGAUUAAUUUCUGUGUAGCCACAACACCAACCAGUCAGUCAGCAACAAAAGGCAGCUCAGGCCCAAAAGUAUUUCCUUUGGUUUUUUGUAUUUUUUUUUUGUCUGUUCAUUUCGUUCCUCCUUAUUUUUCUCCUUUAUUUUGUCGUUUUCCAGCAUUUUUUGUUGUUGCUGUUGUUUUUCCCUCGUUUUCCCUGUUUGCAACGUUCAGUCGUUACGUUCAUCUUAACUGCUGCAUUAUGCUAUAACAAGCCCGACGUGUGUAGAAGAUACACCCGUGUAUCUGUAUCUGCAGCAGCUGUAGCUGUAGCUGCAGAUGUAUCUGUAUCUGUGACUGUGACUGUGAGGCAAACGCAAAACAUCACAGAGCUCAUGUCUGGCCAAAGGAAAAUUGUAACAAAAAGCAGACCUUAGACGUUAGACAACCCAGACCGUCUACAGACACUGGCUAAAAUUGGUUUUGUUUUAGGUUUUUGUUAUCUGCUUUUUCUCUCCCCCCUUUGAGCCACAAUUACAUGUGCUAAUCAAUGGUGGAAAAGGAAAAUAGAUGGAAACAUUUUCCCCUGCAUGCGUUUGUGUAUGAGAAAGAAAAACAAUUGUUAAGAGGAUUUGACUCUGAUAAAACCAACUUACAGGUAACAAUUAAUGCCAGUUAAUUUGAGAAGAUAAGGUAGAUGUUGCGAAAAAUAUUCUGGAAACAUUUCCUAAGAUCACGCCAUGUCUAGAUUUGAUUGGGAAAACAAGGCUUUCUUUUUUUUCAAGUUAGCUAGUCAGAGAUUAGGAGGAAGGUAGUCAGAAUUUCCCAAAGUGAAAAGUGCUGCUGCUGGCUGACCUUGCUGCAGAAACUUGAAACCGAGAAAGUCCCAGAGCAAGCCAAGGAAAGGCGUAGGAGAGAGAUCAGCACGUGUGUGCCUUGGCUGUGCUGGUUUUUCGGCCCCCAAAAAUUGUGUUUUGGCCAAAAUCGACAAGGCCAGAAAAGGAAGAGGAACAUGAAAACAGCAACAACCGAAUGGAACACAGAGCUGUACAGAUUAGUUUGGGUCUUCUUUGGCGAUUAAAAUCUACCAGGUUGUGUGUUACGCCCUCUCUUUCCCAAUUCUCUAUUCUUUUUUUUCACUAGACUCCAUCUCCAUCUCCAGCUCCACUGUCUUGCCAAUUUGAAAAUGCAUUCCAAAAGCAAGAAACCAGAAAACUAGUUAACAAAGUAAAGAAACAAAACACUCUACACUGAGCCAGAGUGCCAGAGUUAAAUGUAAAUAAGUUAAAUGUUAAUCGUACGUUAAUCUGUUUAAUCAUUGUGAUAUUUUGUUUUAGCAUUAAGCGCUAAUUAAUUUAUUAAGACGAAUUACCAAUUUUCCUACCAACCUAUGUCUAGCCCUAAGCUUAUCCUCAUUAGUUAGUGUAUUUUGUAAGUUAAUAAAUUGAAUCCGAAUCCACCACAGCCCCCGCCUACCAGAUACAGCCAUAUUAAUUCUAUGAAAAUUAUCAAAAUAUUGUAAAUAAUUUAAACAAAUGGACUGUAUGCUCACGCAAAAAUACAUUUAAAAAAAAAAAACAAAAAACCAAUUGUAACAACACGAAUCAUGCAAAAUUGAAAACAUAAAUCGACUGAUUACAUGUGUACUAUAUAUAAAUAUGCAUAACUUUUUAUUAAGAUUUACUCGCCCCCCCACCCCCCUUGUUGUAAAUACUGUAACCAUUCGGACAGCACAUAUAUGAAUAUGUAUUUUAUUUUGUAACUUUAUGUUUUCUAGUUUAUAGCAACAAGAAAAAAAAAACGAAAAGAAAAACCGAAUCACAAAAAUAUAUAAAUGACAAAAAAUUGAU